AAUCCGAUUUCAAAGGAACCGAGGGAGUUUCCCGUAUCCCACCGAGAGGAUGCGCGCAGUUAUGGGCUGCAGAUCACGGAGAUCGAAAUCGAACGGCACUUUAAGCGCUUAGCUUGGACACAUCGCUGCUUUUUAGGUUUCUUAAUGGAGCUUUUCUGAAGUGUAACAACUAUGGAUAAAACAGACGCGUAUGAUCCGUACAGUCGACCUGCGCGCCGGACACAGUGGAUCGUCAGUACCCUGGCUUUUCACUAUGGAUUAGAUCGAGGCGUUGAAAAUGAAAUUAUAGUGCUGGCAACGGGUUUAGACCAGUAUCUGCAGGAGAUAUUUCAUCAUAUGGAUAGCCAGGGCGACGGUAAGAUCCCCGCCGAAGAUUUUAAAAUACUCUGCCAAGUUUUGGGACUGAAUAAGGAUUGCGACCUGGAGGAGUGCGCUGGGAUUUUGGAAAACAUACCGCAUGAGUUCACCUUCAGGCAGUUCCACGCCAAACUCUGCGGCUAUUUCAGUACCAAAGCCGGGUGUCAGUACGAAAGCGGGAGGUUGCUUGUGGGCAGGGAAAGUGAGCAUAUAGAGACUCAGAUCCGUCUGCGGAGCCCGUUGCGGCGCAGGGGGAAGGCGCUGUCGGCCGGCGCAAAGGGCAGAUUCAGCAGGGGUUCUUCGCCCACCCGCGAUCGGCACUCAUCCGACUGCAAGCAACUGGGAUCGUGCACCCGGGAGUGCUAUGAGGAGAUCGUGGCAUUGGAGGAGGCCGAGGACAGAAUCGCAAAACUGGAGGAUGAAAACGCGAGUCUCAGAGAGCUGGUGGAGGACAUGAGGGCGGCGCUGCAGAGUAGCGAUGCCCGGGCUUUGGCUCUGCAGGUGGGACUUUGGAAGAGCCACAUCAAACAUUCUGCAGAUGGAGGCUGCUUCAUCAGCCACCAGAAGGUGACAGUGGCUCAGAAGGACAAUGGCUUCAGCCUUCAGAACUUCUUUCGGGAGAUUGAGCUGAUGCGUAGCUCAAGGGACGAGCAGGUCAAGGAGGCCAUGUUCUUCAACCAGAAACUAGAGAAGGAGCUACAGCGAUCGCAGGAGGCCUUGCUCUCCCUGGAGGACAGCAACAGAAAGCUGAAACGGGAGCAGGCGGAGAUGAGGAAGAAGGUGGAGGAUGCCAGGCAGGCAGUGCUGAGCAGCCUUGGCAAAGUCAAGGAGCUGGAGGCCAAGGCCAAUCACGUGCCUUUGCUCCAGCGUCGCAUCCAGCAACUGGAGUCGGAGCUGCUGUACUUCAGGUCCGAGGUGUCCAAGGUGAAGGUCCCCAUCAGCCGGGCAGGGGGACCUGACUUCAGCGGUGGCAGUGGUACAGGUCGGCGCUGCUGCCUGAACACGCAACAGGACCGGCGCUCCCCUACCGGCCGGUCCGAAGCAGCACCUGAAAACAUGGAAGAGCAGCUCUUCCGCUCAGUAGAGGGCCAAGCAGCAUCUGACGAAGAGGAGGAGAAGUGGACGGGAAAGCAGCAGUCACAGGUGGAUGAGGUGAAGAGGAUCUUAACCAGGCUGUCCUGCUGCGGCGAGAGGUGUGACGACAAGGCUGUCAGAAAGCUACUGUCCCAUUUUGGGGGCAGCAGGAGCGAGGAGAACCAGAGCGCCAUGGUGGAGCUCCUGGAGAAGGUCACUCGGCUUAACAAACAGCUGGAGAUAAAGGAGACCCUGGCACGCAAGGCUGAGAUGGACAUGGACCAGAUGAAGGACUCAUUACUUCUGGAGCUCCAGCAGAAGGCUGAGGAGACAGAGCUGCUGCACAUGGAGCUGCAGAUGCUGGAGACGGAGCGGGUGCGUCUGUCCUUGGUGGAGGAGAAGCUCAUGGACGUCCUGCAGCUCUUGCAGAAGCUGCGAGACUUGAAUGUAUCGAGAAGAUCUCUGGGCAAGAUCUUGUUAAGCACGUUGGAAUCUUGCAGUGACCCACAACAUGGGAAGGCACACAUACUUGAGGUGCUGAACGCUCUUUAUCAUGAGCUUGCUGCAUGUGAGCUUCUCGCCAAUGCACCCCUGGAGCGAACACACAGUCAUCAGUCCCUGACCAACGCCCUACUGAUCACAUGCUGAGAACCGUGUCUCAGACCAUCAGCAAAGUGCAACUGCUGGGAAGUCAUGCAGAUAACAUAUCGCAGCAAAUUGGACUUUGAGCCGAGACCGAAGGGGAUUUUCUGAAGUCCGGAUAGAAGGAUAACAAGAGAAGUUUCAGGAGAGGGAACUCAUGCAGUAACUUCUUACCUCUGCAUCUCCAUGUCAUUGGGUUCCAUUAAAAAUGUGGUUUUGUGUACGCUGUGUGUUUCAUAGUUUAAAGAAGCUACGCGGUUCCAUUUAUUGUUGUUAUGCAACAGCGAGGAGAGGUUCUGUGAUUUGAUUGUCUAUAUUUACGGCGGUUUUCCAGCUGGCUUUUGAGAUACUGGCAAUAUUCAUUUUUUUUUUAAUUUACACAUUGUGUAAUUUUAGCAGGUUGAUAAGUAGAACGUGAAUGUGGUUCAUAUUUAUUGGCCAGAAGGUCAAGGCUAAGUUGUACUUUUGUGCUACGGAUGUACUGCCAACUUCAUCUUACAAUUUCCAUGUAAAAAUCAGGAUAUCAGCUUGGUUAAACAGAUGGCAAAUGUUGAAGAUAAAAUUUCAAGUACAACAAAAGAGUGUUGCAAUGGAUUGCUGGGAAAAGUCAGCUGGGAAUGUACAUUUUACAACAUGACAAACCUUAUCUGAGGUUUUCAUCUAAUGUUCCUGUUCAAGUGUGCAGUGCAUUUAGUCAGACAGUUUCAUUAUGCAAAGUAUCUGUGACAAUAUUAAACAUAGACAUGACUCAUUAGAUAUUAUGUAUGCACAUUUCCUGUUAUUGUCUUUUGUUUGACCUUACUACUUUGGUAAAUCAUUAUUAGUUUUUAUAAUAUGAAAAGAUUACCUAAAUAAGCUGUUACCAAGCAAAUAAUAAAAGAGAUUAUAUUCAUUA